CAUUCUAAAAAAAAGAAGAGAAAACGAAAGAGUGAAUCUCUCGUGUUAGUGACUGAAUUUUUUAUUUUAUAUAGCACAUUUAGUGAACAUAAAUUAAUUCGGGGGUGAUGUUAAUUAACAAUGUGAUCCGUUAUUAUAAUUAUGUCGGCUGUCAUUAUUGUCAAGAGUCACGGUUUCGACGUGCUUGAACCACUUUCCAGGCAUAUGAUCCCUCGAGCGUAGAACUUUGAUUCGGUGUCAUCGAUUCAGGCUUGCUGUUGUGAUGUUCGUUUCACUGACAGAUGAUUAUGCCACGAAUAUGUUAAUGUAGAUCUACAUGUGUUUGGUGUCAAAAAGGCCGGUAAUGUAUCUUGGGUUAUAUCGUGAAAAAUAAAAAAACGAUUUCACGCAAGAAUGCAUACAGAUAAGUAUGAAAGUGAAAAGCACAUCAAAAGCUAGAUUUUAUCUCGAGAGAGAUUUCGUUCCGAUUCGACUUUCAACGAAGUCAUUCGUGAUAAAAUUCGCCGUUUAAUGUAAGCAACAGAGAAUGUGUAUGUAUGUAUAUGCUUUUCAUUACCUUCACGUAUAUAGAGCUAUCCAUAGCAAGUGUUUGACAAGACAGUUUAAAAUCACAAACAGCAAUCGUAAAGAGAAGUCUAUCAAGAUGAUAAAAUUUCACGCUUCAAGUAUCUUUAUUUGUACGAAGUAUUUGUGUAAAUAUAUAAAAGAUAAGAGAGGUAAUUAAGUGCCACCUCCUGGAUUGAAAUGCAUUGUUUGCUGGUACACUUUUGGCCUUUAUACAGUGCGGUCCAAGUAUUUGAUUUAACUUGUUCACCUACUUCGGAGAUAGCUGAUGCUGGAGGUGGUUACAAACGAUUUCGUGUAACUGUUCUAGUUCUGUUCAUACUUUUAUUCGGUUGGACAGACCGUGUGGCAGCUGGCGAUUGCGGUCUGGCCGAGUUAACUUGCCGGGAUGGGCAUUGUGUACCGAUUGACGCGUACUGUAAUGGACGAGAUGAUUGCGGAGAUAAUAGUGACGAGCCAGCGAUGUGUACACCCUGUAAUCGUACGUAUCACGGACGCGAAGGACGUACAUACAAAUUGGAUCUUCCGAGACCUAGCGAGGAACGUCUGCCAUUCCUUUGUCAUUUAACGUUCACCGCUGCUGGCCAGGGGUACGGUGAACUUGUACAACUUUUGUGGGAUGCGUUCAGCGUGGGCAGAGUAGACCCAAACACUGAUAGCUUCGUUACCAGCUGUCCUGAAGGAUCGUUACAAUUAGCAGAAUUAGGUAGACACUUUACGGGCGGCUCGUGGUGUGGAGUUGGAGAAGGGAAAGCUUCUUACUACAGCGAGACGAGUACAGUCACGGCGUCUAUACGAUUGUUUCACGCUCCUUCCAGCGUACCUUUUGAAUUUCGUUUAAGGUACAGAUUUGUGGCGCGCAACGAAGCCGUGGCUAGACUAGGAAAGCCUGAGCUUCCGAUCGAAAGGGGCUCCCCCGUGCCGGGUACUUACUGUUCUAGAAACUUUUAUGAAUGUCAUUUGAAGCAAUGUAGACUACAGAGUCCCAACUAUCCCGGGGAAUAUCCGAGAAAUGCCAGCUGCUUGAUAACUAUAAGACAGAAGGAGGUGCCCACCUGUAAGCAUGCUAUGAUUUCGGUGAAAUCCACGCCGACUGGUCCAGUCGGGAUUACCACAGCCAAUAGUACUUUAAGUGUAUGGCAAGAUUGCCGCCCGGAGAAAGAUCAUCUUAUCUUUCGAGACGGGGUUAGACCAGAAGAUUCGAUUUUAUUGGUUUAUUGCGGGGGACCUUUACCCAGGAUCACUGCCAGAGGUCCAACUAUGCAAGUGGAGUUCCGAAGUUCCCCGAUAGCCAUCCCCCUUGGUGCCUCUGCUUUGAGGCUCGAACUCGAGAUUCAAGUAGUUUACGUCGACUCUGAUGGCCUCGACUACGCCAAGGGCCCUCAAGGUUGCCAUUUUUUUGUAAAUGGUACUAACAAAAGGAGCGGCAUACUGAGAGCGCCGCUUCACGCACUGCCACCAAAUUCCAGCUGUACUUGGAAUAUCAAAGGAUCCGCUGGGGACAGAGUGUGGAUUUACUUUUCCUCUUACUCGCAACGGGACUUAACGGGUAGCGUCGAGAACAACGCCAGUUCUCAGUCGGAUGUACCUUGCGCGAUAAAGCUGAUAUUUUGGGAUGGUACACCGUCCACUGGACUUCCAAUGGCCACGCUUUGCGACGACACACCUAAGCUGUGUGCACACGCGGCUCUGAGGAAUGUCACUAGAAGCACGAGACCCUGUACAGAGGAUGAAAGUUACAUCACAGUCGCACCAUCUUUAACGUUGCGUAUGGAAACGUUGUUGGGUACUGCACUUCAUACGGUUAACUUUAAUGCACAAUAUGAAUUUAUUUCGACCACUCAAGUUGGCGAACCCUGGGGAGACGGAGUUUGCAGCAGAGUAUGGCGCAAAGUUCGAAGCGGCGAGGUAACAUCACCUCGUGAUGUUCGUCUUUUUGGAAGAGGUGGAUCCCCAAAAUUAGACUGUAGAUAUCGUAUAGAGGCUGGUGCAGACGAGAGGGUGCGAUUGACGUUGCACAACGUCAGUCUAGGCGAGUCUACUAUUUGCACGAGCGAGCCAGACCCUCAUACUGGCCGACCACGUUGUGUUCAAGAAGUGGGUUCCAGAGAAGCUCGUUUAGUUUUAUACGAAGCGCCCUGGCGGGAUGUAAAGCUUCCGAGAGCUUGUUUAUGUGAUAACACGUCGCAUCUUCCAUUGACGCACAUCUCUUCGAGCAGAGCUUUAGAGAUUACGUUUUUAAUCGAACAACAAGCUCCGCACGAAGACUUUGAAACUCUUUUUUUUUAUGCUAGCUUCGAACUUGUUCGUGCACCCGAGUGUCCCAGAAAGCAAAGAGUACGCGGAGAAGGUGGUGAAUUACGAUUCGUGGCUCCACCAUUAUCGAGACCAGAUAUUUAUUGUGAAGGACUUCCAUGGUUAGUGGAGGCACGCGAAAACAGGUCCCUUUUCGUUUUAACUUGGGGCUGGUUCCUCCCCCUAGAACCAUCGCCGAUAUCAGAAAUGAACGAACAAAGCAAAUGUCCAACCACCAACAGAAUCCUCCUUUACUCCGGUUGGCCGCCAAAACUUCUAAAAGUAGUGUGUCCCGCUGAACCAGGUGCAAGAGAGUUCACCGUUCACGUCUUCUCCGAAGAGUGGCUAGGAGGCACCGGCGAGGGUAAAUGGCCAGGUCCACCACGACCUCCUGCGCUUUUGCUGGACUUUGUUGCAAGAGAAUCUGGUCAGGCUGCAGCCUCGUGGUUAGAAAUUUCGAAGAGCAGAGCUGCAUUACGUAGACAGCUACGUUUACCCGAAAGAGGAAUAGAGAAUGAGACAUUGGCUAACGGAGACUGUCCCCAUAAGUGUCCCGAAUUAAGCGCUUGCAUUGCCGCGAGUCUUUGGUGUGAUGGGAGAGCUCAUUGUCCGUCCGGACACGAUGAAGCGAAUUGUGGUAACGGGGCGAAAUUACUUGGAUUAUUACCUUCGGAAAUGUGGCUGGUAUUAGCCGGUGUCGCUGGAAUUAUCGCUGCCUUUGCGUGCUUCUUUGUGGUACUGAUUAGCAGGUCAAAAGCGCGUACGAAAAGACUUCACUAUAAGGGUACAAAAAAAAGCAAUAGACCGAGGCGAGCGCCGACAGAGGAGACGCUACUGGGAGCAGCAUCCUGACAACAGCAGCCCGGUUUCGUGGAAUAUAUCCAUGUAGACCGGGAAACAACCGUUUAGCAAUAUUUCUCUGUGCUUUACCGUCCACUAACUUAACACUAUCCCCAGGCAUCGUAAACCAAAUGUCGAAGUAUCUUUCUUUCUAAAAUAGCAUUUAUCUAUUUUUUUGUUACGUUUAAUUCAUUAUAUAUUUUAAACUUGCAGCUGUUGCUUAAUUGUAAUUGUUAUAAUAUAUUUGUUCGUUUACAUGUUCCUAUUUUUUUAGAUACUACAUAUAACUGUAACGUGUUAUCACGAUUAAACAGUGCAAUAGGGAUGGGACGCAAAAACGAUGCUUUCUCUUUCUUUGGAAAACUAUUUCAAGUUUGAAUAACGUAGCUUAUCACUUUGUAGUACGGACAGUUAGAGUGACAGCAGUAUCAGUGUUCUCAUUCAUGCAUAAUGAGUGUAUGAUAGUGAGAAGUGAAUGGUAAUACGCAUCGUUACAGAAACUGCUUUAGAAAAACUAGAAUACUUCUGAAGGUAUAAUGUAAAAUUGUAUACCAAAAGUGUACGGCUAAGUUACGUUAUGACACUGUAACUUCAUUCAUUGACACGAUGUUUUAUAAACCAGAGAGAUAGUAAAUGCAAUUAAUAUAAUAUACAGGAAUAAAUCUAUAAUUUAAAAAAUAUCACACAUAUUGCUCAAAGAAUAUUGUAACUGCCAAAAAGAAAAAGAUAUUUUAAUUUCGAUUAGCUGAUAUAACAUUUUUAGCAGCAAUAGAAAAGAAAAAAAAAAAUAGACGAAGUAUUUCAAACGCAGAAGAGGAUAACUUUUUUAUAUUUUAAUGUAGGAGAAACAAAGUUAAAUUUAAAUAAAAAUGGGAAGAUCGACAUUGAUUACAUAAUCAUAGUUACAUCUAUCGACGAUGCCAAAAAGUUAAUUUUAACGUGUUCAGUAUCUAUAUUUCUCCUGAGAUUUUUAAACAUAUUUUUAUGACUUUUGCUCAGAUAUUUAAUUAUAUAUUUUGAAUAAGUUACAUUGGAAAUAAA